AUGAUUACAACAAAAGCAGAUAAACUUUUAAGAAGCUUAAUUGAUGCAGGUUUAUCAUUAACAGAUUUUACUAUAUUAGCAAUAAAAAUUAUGCGUAUUCAACGAGAUUUUAAAACGGAUAAUAAAGAUCGACGUCAACGAGAUUAUUUACGUCAACAAAAUAAAUUACGUGAACAAUAUCAUAUUGAACAACAACUUAAAGACGAAGAACAACGUAAAAUAAAAGGUCUUGUAAAAUUACGUGAAUUAGGUUAUGUAACUAGUGAUGAUACAUCUCAAAUACUAAAUAAUAAUACCACAGAUAGUAUUGAUCAAUAUUCAACAAAUCAUAUUGGAAAUAAAGAUACUAAUAAAAUAAAACCUAAUCAAUUAUUAUUACCAUAUGCAAAAGAAAUAAAUGAUAUGAAACAAAAACAACGUGAUUGUUGUUUAACAUUUAAUAUUGAUUAUGAUCUUCGAUUACAUCAACAAGCUCUUGAACGAGCUUGUCGAAGAGCUAAACGAAAUAUUUAUGAGCUUCGUGCUGAACGUUUUAAUCGUCCUGAAUAUCGAUCUAUUUUAUCAGUUGAAACGACAACAUCUCAUAAUAAAUUAAAACAAGCUAUACGUGAAAUAAAUAAAAUAUUUCUUGAUUCUAAAUCAAAUCAAGAUAAAAGACAUUUACAAGAAUUAUUAACAUAUAUUAAUCAAUUUGAAGGUGAUAUUGAUUUAUUAAUGUGUCAAAUGCAAUAUGAACCAAAAGUAAAAGAAACAAUUUUAUUUUCAUCAGUUACAAAUGAUAUACUUGAUCGAAUGAAUCUUAUUCUUUAUUGUGCACGUAAAUUAUCUGAAAAAAUUUCCAUUGAUGAUAAUAUAGAUGAAAUAAAUGAAAAUAUUGAUAAAGAAAUAAAUAAUGAUUUAUUAAAUAUUCCAACUAAAUUAACUUAUAUAAUAAAAAUAAAAACAAAUAAUGAAAUAAAUUCAUCAUUAUCAAAUGAUACAAAUGUAAAAAUAAAAUUAUAUGGUACAUAUAAUAAAACAUCAGAUAUAAUACUUACAGGAUCAAAUAAUAAAAAUAAAUGGCAAUCAGGACAAAUUGAUUUAUUUAAUAUUGAAUUAAAUUAUUUAGGUGAUAUAUAUGCUAUUGAAAUUUGGCAUGAUAGUCAAUAUUCAUCAUGGAAAGUUGAUUGGAUUGAAAUUAUUGAUGAUGCUGCAAAUAUUUAUCGUUUUCCUUUAAAUCUUAAAACAGGAAAACAACCAAAUAAAGUUACAGAUUCAUCAAUAUUUAUACAAGUAAAAGGUGAAAAUGGAAAUUUUGCUGAUAAUUUAUCUAGUGCAAAUUCAGCUUUUAAAAAUUCUGUAUUUGAACCUGAUCAAUUAGAUACAUUUUAUUUUAUUUGGCCAUAUUUAGCAAAAAUAAAUUCUUUGCAAUUACUUAUUCAAUCUGAAGGUACGCAACCAUUAUGGUUUUGUGAAUAUAUAAUUGUUCAAGAUGAUCAAACAGAAAAUCAAUAUAAAUUUAUAAUUAAUCAAUUAUUUGAUGGUUCAAAUCCAGAUAAUCGAAAUUUAAUAAGACAUUUAACUGUCUAUCCAGAAAAUAUGAAAAAAGAAAAACCUGGUUAUUUAAUAAAACUUAAAACUGGUGAAAAAGGUUUAUCAAAUAUGUCAACAUUACCAUCAAUUAAUAUAAUAUUAAAAGGUGACAAAGGAAAAUCUGAACCAUAUACAUUAAAAUCAUUAGAUAAUAAAAGAAUAUUAUUUCAAGAAAAUCAAACAGAUGAAUUUCUACUUUCAUCAAAAUAUUAUGUUGGUCCAAUCAAAUCUUUACAAUUAUUACCAAAUGGUGAAAUUGAUAAAUGGUUUAUUGAAACAAUUAUUAUACGAGAUAUUACACAAGGACAAGAUUAUAUUUUUCCAAUCUAUAAAUGGGUUAAUACAGAAGAUGGAACAAAUAAUUUAACUGUGCAACCGAUUAAUGAGCGAAAAGCCGAUUAUAUAAUUUAUGCUCGAACAAUAACAAGUGAAUUAAAAGGACCUGAUCGAACAAUAAAAUUACUUAUUCAAGGAAAUAAAGGCAAACAUGAAAUUGAAUUAAAUAAUCCAAUCACAAUGUAUAAUACAUUUCAACCUGGACAUAAAGAUGAAUAUUAUAUUGAAAAUAUAAAAUCAUUAGGUGAAUUACAAUCAAUUGAAAUUGAUAUAACACAUCCAAAUAUUCAUAAACUUGGACUUGAUUAUAUUGAAAUCAAUGAUUUAAAAACUAAUGAUUCUUAUAGGUUUAAUAUUAAUCGUAUGCUCGAUUCAAAAAACCCAAAAAUGAUUGCAAAAGCUGAACCAAUUUCACGAUUUAUGAAAAAUCCCACAUCAACAAAAACGAGUCAUAAUCGACUUUCGUUACCUAAUAUUCCAAGUACAAUGUCAGCUAAGAAAAAUUUUGAUCAAUUAACAAUGGAUAUGCUGCAAGGAGCUAAACCAUCAACAAAUAAUAAUUUUACAGUUUCAAUAAAAACCGGUGAUUCAAGUUUAAUGGAUACAGAUUCUAAAGUUCAAUUACAAUUAUAUGGAGAUAAGGGCAUAUCAGAAAAGAUUGAUCUUCAUAAAUCCGAAACAAAUUCAAAGAACUUAUUUGAAAAAGAUAAUUACGAUACAUUUUCUUUAAAUAUACCUGAUAUUGGAAAUUUAAAAUCAGCAACUCUUUCUAUUGAUGGAAAAAUCAAAACUGAAUGGUCAAUAACAACAUUUGAAAUUAUUGAAGAAAAUUCAAAAAAAAAUUAUAAAGCUAAUAUAAAUAAAAAAUUAAGUAAUAUAAAUAAUGAAUUAAUAAUUCAUUUAAAUGAAUAUUCAAGUAAUUUUAUUCAUCAUAUGAAUGAAUCUUCAAAAAAUAAUUCAGAAAAAAAUUCUUAUAAAAUAAAUAUAAAAACAAUAAAUAAAGAAUUUCUUGAUCAAGAUAUUAAACUUCAAAUUGAAUUAAUUGAUGAAUAUGAACAAUCAGAAAUCAUAAUACUUAAUGAAAUUGAUAAUAAUCAAAUUCAUACAUUUACUAUCGAUUCAAUAAAAGAUCUUGGAAAAUUAAAAAAUAUCAAACUUUCAUUAAUUGGAUCAAAAUUAAAUAAAGAUUAUUUCUAUCAACCAGAAUUUAUUGAAAUAUUUCAUCCAAAAAGCAAUAAAAUCUAUCACAUCAGAUAUACUGAAGAUGAUUUCCUAAAUUCGGAUAAAAAUCAAUUAAUAAAAUCAAUACAAUUUUCUUCCGAUAUUAAUAUGCGUGAGAUAACACAAUCACAAGGAACAGUUCCAUCAACAAUAACAACUUCUACUAAUCAAUCAAUGAUAUCACCAUAUGAAAAAUUACCUGAAAAUAUCCUCUCUGAAAAUGAUGAAGAAGAUUCUUUCGUACUAGAUCAUACAAAUCCGUCGUUAAAUUCUCAAAAUCUUAUUCAAGAAACAAAUUCAUUUUCAGAAAAAUUAACAUAUAAUUCAAGUAGACAAAUUCGUCCAGGUGAUCGUGUUAAAACUAAAAAUAAAAAAAAAAUUAUUAAUCAGCAAACAAUAUCAUCAUCAUAUGAAUCAAAUUCAUAUCGUCAAUCAAUUGAAACAAUUCAAGAAUAUCGAAAUAAAACUAAACCAAUGCAAUUAAUUAGUAAUAGACAAACUCCACAAACAAAUAUUCUUAAAAAUAGACAUCAUGAUGAAAAUCAAAAAUUUAAUCAUCAAUUAUCGAAAGAUAAAAAUAUGAAUUCACGUGAAAAUUUACUACCAAAUAAAAGUUCAUUACGUUCAGUAAAACAACCACAAACAACAAAGAAAAAUAAGAUACCUCAUCGUUUAUCACUAUCAAAAUUAUCAUCAAAUACUCAACAAUAUUUAAAUGAAUUACAAACAAAAAUGAUGGAUGUCAAAAUUCGAUCAAAUUCAAAUAUAUUCGACAAAAAUCAAAGCAAAAAAAAAGGAAAUAAAAAUUUAAAUGUACAACAAUUGUCAAUCAAUAAAAAAUUAAAUAAUAAUCGUUACAGUUAUGAAAAUUAUUUUGCAUCAAUUACAAAACAAUAUGAAAUCAACGAUAGAUCAAAUAAAAAAAAUAAAUUUCAUCGAUCAUCAUUUUCAUCAAGUUCAAAACAAGCUGGGACAGAAGAUCAGAAACAAAUGUCAAGAAUAAAACGAAAAAAUUCUACUAAUAAUCCAGAAAAAAUGUUAAAGCUUAUUGAAAGUCUAACUCCAUCAAAUACAUCUGAACAAAGUAAUUCUACUAAGGCAAGUACAACUAACUUUAAACAAUCAAAAACAUCAAUUAUAUCAUCAAAUACUUUCGAUAUUUUAUUACAAAAAACUGGAUCUCAUAAUAAAAUCUCACUCGAAUCCAAUAUUAUUAGCAUGAAUACAGUAACAAAUCGAUCACGAAUUGAUAAUAGUAAUCCGAUUUUAAUAAAUAAACAAAACAUAGAAACACAAUCAAUAAGAUCUACUCCUAAAAAAACUCAUCAAAAAGUUACAACAUCAAAUCCGUUAUCAAAUCAUUCAGUAUCAAUUCUAUCAAAAAGUGUUCCAGUUUAUUCACGAAUUCAAAAUAAUAUUUCACAAAGACGAAGUCGAAGUGUUUCACCAUCUCAGAUAUUAUCAAAUCGAAUUAAUCAAGUUUUUAAUAAAAAAUCAUCAAAUAUUUCUUCUUCAUCAUCAUCUCAUUUCAAUCAGAUUUUACAUACAUCAAAUCCAUUAAUUACUGAAUCAUAUUUCUCUGAAUUGACAUCAAAUCCUACGAGAAAUUCAACUCAUAUUCAAAGUCUCUCCAACCAAUUAAGUAAACUUUCAACAUCAAAUCAAACAACAAAACAAAAUCAUUUCAAACAAUCACAAUUAACUAGUGAUCCAAAUUUUAAUGAAUACAAUUUGAAAACAAAUACUCAUGAUGUUAAUGCUGUAACUAUUCAUACAAUUGCAACAAAAUCUCAUUCAGAUGAAAAUUCAAUUCAAAGAUCAAUUGAUAAUCAUGGAAAUGAACAUUCAUUGCAAACAAAAUCAUUAUUAUCACCUAAUAAAGCAAAAAAAUCGUGUAAAAAUCAUCAAAGAAAUAUAUCAAGAAUAUCUGAAAAUAUACUAAAUAAACAAAAGUUUAUUUCUCAACCAUCAAUAAUUACUUCUGAUCUAUCAACUAUGAACAAAUUAAACGAAGAUAUUCUUUCAAAAGAUAACAAUGAUAUUCAAGAUAUUUCACAUUCUUCUGCUUCGAAUAAAUCAAAAUCUGAUAAUAUUCCAUUAGAUAUUGACUUUAACACAUCAAAUAAUACUAAUGAAACAAUACAAACAAAUCAAGAUACGAUAUCCAAACAAUAUGAUUUAUAUACUAAUGAAUCUUUAACACAAGAAAUUAAAUCUCGACCAAAUACUAUUGAAUUAUCUUCAAAAGAUAAUCAUAUAUUAUCACAAUAUGCUUUCAAAUCUUCAUUAAAUACAUCUACAACUAUUACUGAUAAUCUAUUAAUUUCAACAAGAAAACAAAAUCAUAAUUUACCUAAUGAAAUAUUUGAUAUUAUUAAAUAUCCAACAAUAUCUAACAAACAAUCAGUUAUAACUCCGACUAAUUCUAAUUUACCUAUUAAACUACUUACAAUAGAUCAUAUGAGUACAGUUUAUGAAGAAUCGGAAUCAUCUGCAAACAGUAUUCUCAAUGAAUUAACACCAUCGACUAGUGAAUACAAUUAUAAUCAAGAAACAAUUCAAGAUUGGUUAGAAACAAGUUCAAAUCUUUCUUCAAAUCAAUUAAAUUUACCAUUAAAUUAUUCAAACAAAAUUAAUAAAUCUUCUCAUCUAUAA